CGGGUUAUCGGGUACCCGCAGCCACCGUCCUCUCAGUUUCGUCAGUUUUUGUUUGCCUCAGCCUCAGUUUCGUCAGAGCCGUCCAUUCUCUGAUUCCGAGUCUUUGAGCAGCUCAACGCAGCCCACCGCGGAUUGACGAAGAGUGGGUUCUGCGCAUCUGAUUUUGCUGCUUCUUAUCAAUUCACUGGUUCCUUCUUCUUCUGGAUCUUUUAGUUUGUAGCUUUAGAUAUGGAUGACAUUGAUCAUUAUAAGAUUCUCGGUUUGCCUUCCGGUGAAGAAGGUGCUAAGUUUACAGAGAAGGAAAUUUCAAAGGCAUACAGAGCAAAGGCUCUUGAGUUGCACCCCGAUAAGAGGCUGGAUGAUCCCGAUGCCCAUGCCAACUUCCAAAUUCUCAAGUCAUCCUAUGAGAUACUUAAGGAUGAGAAGGCCAGGAAGCUGUUUGAUGAUUUACUGAGAGUUAAGAGAGAGCAUCAGCGGCGCCAUUUGGAGCGCGAUUCCAAGCGACAGAAGAUGGUCUCUGAUCUUGAAGCGAGAGAACGAGCUGGCUUUGCUCCAGAUGCAGCUGCCAAAGAUAGAGAUGAAGAGGAGAGAAUUGCUAGGAAGCUUAAGGAAGAGAUUGCGAGAAUACGUGCAAUGCAUGCGAAUAAAGGGGCGGCAACUGCUUCAGUUCCAAAAAGAGAAAGCAGGGGAGUUGGGAAGGAGAGUGUGGGUGGUGCUAAGCUAGGAUUGGAUAAGGAGAAGGUGCUUAAAGUUUCUUGGGAAAAGGUUGGUGAAGGUUAUACAGCCCAGAGGUUGAGAGACUUGUUCUCCAAGUUUGGUGAGGUUGAAGAUGUUGUUAUCAAAGAUGCUAAGAAGAGAGGUUCGGCCCUAGUUGUAAUGACAACUAAAGAUGCGGCUGUUGCAGCAACACAAACUGUGAUGGGCGACCUUUCUAAUCCAUUGCUAGUUUUACCUCUUCAACCAGUUGCAGUGACUGAUGCUCCACCAGUUCAGAAGUCUGAUGAACCUGAUCGGCUUAACAAUUUGAUUGGGGCGAGCUAUCAAAUUUUUGAGGAUUCUGUUUUGCAGAAACUCCAAAAGGCUGCACAGAAGCGAAAAUAAUAUUCUAGAAGCAUGAAAGGAUGAUGAUCCCAAAAGCACUAUAAGAUUCACGAACUGAAUUCCCAUGUACAGGGAACUGGUGAGGAGUCUCUCAAGUAUCAAGAUUGUGCAUGAGAAGUGCUUUUAACCAGAGAUGUUAUAAUAUGAAUUAGUUACUGAGAGAUCAAGACUGGCAUUGAUGUAUGCUAACAGUUUACCAUUCUCAAGGUUAGGACAGAAUUAUUUUUAGUGGCCAUUUUGAAUUUGGUGUAUUGGUAUCAAGAAAAUGACGGUUAGAUCCAGAGUUGCAUCCUGUGCUAUUUAACAAAUCAUUGUACACUUCAUAUUGUAUCAAAUUAAUGAUUCACCUGGGUUUUCAUUUAUUUCACUGUGUCAUCGUUUU